AACAAAAACAAUGUUUGUCUUCCAGAUGUUCUUCGUUUAAAAGGACAGCAUGACGACCAGGAGCUCCAUCAACACAUUUUGCUGAGACUCUCCUUCCCUCCGCUCUACAACAGCUACAACAAAUUUUGCUGCAAACUGUACCCUGGAGGAUGUUACAAGCUGCUGGACAGCGCUGGGUAUAUCUGCGAUCUCCUGAGAGGAAGAGUGAAAAAAACAGAGAAAGAUGGGUGCAUUGAGUUUGAAAUAUUAAAUGUGCAGUUUGUGGAUGCAGGAUAUUAUAGAUGUGGGGUUUUGGGAGCCCAAACCCGAAUCUAUAGUGACUACUAUUUUGAGGUUUUUGAAGCUCCAGAUCACCACAGACGCUUUGAGCCGUCACCGGCACCAACAAUCAAAACCACAAACAGCUCCACACUGCCCACCGAACCUGCUCUGUCCCAGGAUCACACUGACGGCAGCAGAGCUCCCUGGAGUUUCAGUCUGCCUCUGGCUGCCGUUGUGUCUGUUACAGUGAUGAUUUUUGUCUCUGCUGUCGUCGGGACUGUUUGCUUCAGAGUCAAAGCAAAGAGUAAACAGUUGGAAACAUACGGAGAAACUCUGCGCGAGUCAGUAAGACAAGAAGCUCUGGUAGGCACAAAAAGGGGUCAUGCAGUGUCCGUGACUCAUGGUCAGGCCAUGGUUGAGUUUCAGACUUCCUCUACAAUGCCGUCUGGUGAAAAAGUUUAUCUCUUCAUAAUCUACACAACAGUGGAUUUUGGAGCUCACUUGGAACCGGAGGAUGCCUAUGCAAACCUGAGGAUGCACAAAACUCCAGCAGAUGUUCCUGACAUGGACAAUGCUGGGACGGUGGUGUACUCCACUCUUGCAGUCCAGCAAUAA